GCGCUGAUGGAGUCUCAGCAGCCCGCUGUGCUCCCGACGCUGGGGGCGCCCCUUGCGCCUCCUCCGCCGCCGCCGCCGCCAGUCGAAGGGGCGGCCGCCCCCCCGGCCGCGGCGCCGGCGGCGGAGGGGCCGCCGGUCACGAAGCGCCAGCGCUCGUCGCCGGGCGGGCAGGGGCUGGCACCGGGCCCCGCCGAGGAGCGGCCAGAGGAGGACCAGGCAUUCGAGGACGAGUGGGCGGACACGUUUGCGUUGAUGCAUGGAGGCGGCCUGGAGAAGCGCGCAGGCGAGUACGCCGAGUCGUUGGCAUCUUUAAAGAGGCAGAUGGAGAGCCUGAAGCGCAAGCGCGCCGCGGCGGCCUCGGCCUGCUCGCAGCUCCUGCACACCGCGCACCGGGAGGCCCUGCAGGCGCACCUGAAGGCGCUGCUCGCCGCCGCCUCCGCCUCCGCCGGCCACGGUGUCGCUGCUGCGGCCUCCGAAACAGUUGGGCGCUUGCUGCCAGGGGUGCCCGCGCCGUCUUGCGCCGGCGCAGCGGGCGAGCCAGGCGAGCUGCAGCCCGCCGCGGUGACCGUGAGCAUCGGUAUACCGCAGCCUGGAGUCACCUUGGAGCCGCCCAGUCAGCCCCAGGCGCUCGCCGCCGCGGAGGCGAGGGCGCCCACACCGCGGGCGCCGGCCCACGGGCCCCCUCCGCCGGAGGCGUCGCGGGCAGCCGCCACCGCCGCCGCCCCGGCGGUUCCGCAGAGGCCCGCGAAGGCGGCCGGGCCGAAGGCCCCAGCGCCGAAGGCGGCCGCGCCCGCGGGCGCGGCCGCGGCCGCCAAGCCCGCGGAGGCCAACCUCGUCUACGUCGGUGGGCUGCCUGAGGGCAUCGACGAGGCCAUGUUCCGCGCGCUCUUCGGGCGCUACGGGGGCAUCAAGUCCGUCAAGCUGGUCCCCGCGAAGAGAUUGGGCUACGUGCGGUAUGGCAGCAAGAAGGAGGCGAAGUCGGCCAUCGAUGCGCUCAACAACUUCGAGGCCAACGGCGUGAAACUCGUCGUGAGGCACGCGGAAGCGGAGCAGAAGCCUCCGGGAGGCCCGCAGGGCGCGCCGGUCGUCGUGGCGUGA